AUGACCAGAAUCAAUCAUAGUUAUGGUCGUUUUGGUGACCUACCUUUCCGGUCACAAUUGGGGUCCCUUUGGGGCUUUUCAGUUUCUUCAACACUUUUUUUCUCACUUCACUUUACACUGUCCAUCUUUUUUUCUUCUUCGAUCCGUUGA